UCAGUCGACUGUAGCUGGUACGGCUGCUGGAUGUAGACAGUGAAGGAGAGAGCGAGGUAGAUAGACAAUGAGAGAGUGAAGGAGGGAGGUAGAGAACCUGUGCUGAACAGACGCUGGGUCACAGCGCUCAGUUGCUUCAGACAAUCACAGAGGAAAGAGAGAGACAGAAAGCCAGAGGAAAUGAGACAGAUGUAGAAAAGAGACGGCAGGAAGAGAGAGAGGAAGGGGUGUAAAUAUGUGACAGGUUGUGGUUUCUCUGAGCUUGCAGAACAUCAUUAGGGACAUACUUUGAGCAUGAGCUAAACGUAAGACGUACAAGUGUGUUUAAGCUCUGCGAGGGGAAGACGAAGCAAAGUACCGGAGCUGCUGAGUCAGAGGAGCAGACUUUCUCAGGAUUGCGAUUCAAGCCAUCCCGAUCCUCUACAACCUCAGUCAGGAUCCGACACCAUCCUCCAUCCUGUAAUUUGCGCUUCUCUUCUUCACAGUAGAAUGUGUUUCUCUGCCAGAAGCUCUGUUCCAGGUCUUGCUUCAUUCAAGCUGUGAACUUUUCAGUUGCCAAACAGGGUCUGUGUGCAGGGAGACGUACAUACAUAGUGUGGAACCAUGGGAUGCGGACUUCGGAAGAUUAAGCCACCCUCAGAUGAUAACAGUCCAGGGAAGAUCUACUCCACUUUGAAGAGACCCCAGGUAGAAACCAAGGUAGGCAUAGCCUACACCUACCGCUACCUGGACUUCUUGAUUGGCAAAGAAGGUGGGACGUCCACCCUGCAUCUCUCUUCGGUGCGAGAACUUCCAGGCCAGCUGCAGGAUAUGUACCAGCAGGGCUUCAUUCUGGCAGCGGUUCACCCUUUCAUACACCCCUGUACUCCACAGUCCAGCAGCCCACAGCACCAGCUCUACCGGGCCAUACUGGUCCGGCUCAGUGACGGGGAGGAAAGGAGCCAGACAGUCAGACCCUACCGCCUACAUCUGGAAGACUGUUUGUCUGCCGAACAAGUACCCACCCCAGAGUUCAUUCAGGGCUAUGUCAAGAAGCAGAUCCAGGAUGCUGCUGACCAGGGAGUGAUGUUUGUGGGAUUUGUUCAGGAGGCCUACAGAAACCCAUGCACCAGGAUUGGAGAAUUGGACACACCCUCUUUUUCCCUGCACUCCAGUCCAAGCUCAGUGCUUGGUUCCCUGGGCAGCUCAAAUCUAUCAAGCCCCAGGAAAUAUGGAGAUCCAGGAACUCAGGAUAACAAAGUGGAUCAUGAAGCCAUUGAGGCCUCCUGUGAGACCGCAGAAGGAGUGCUGGGUGAGGAGAAACCAAAUGAGAAAACUGAUGACCGUUCAGGGAUGAGAUCAGAGGGCGUUCUGGAUGAGCCCUCACCCGCAGCUUUGCCGAUAUCAGAGGAAGAUCUGGAGCACAGUGCGGAGGUGACAGAGGGUGACUCAUUGUGUCAUAAUAACAACAAAUCCCGUGGCACAGAAACACAGGAGAGGCCAAGAUACCGAGUGCAGAGAGGUGAUGGAGUGGAACUCCUCGCUCUGUACAACCACCCGCCAGUCCGAGAGGCACAAGUGAAGUACUACACUGUCAAAGUGCCGCUGAAUGUUAAAAACUGUGAAGAGGGUGUCAAAGGUGUUGAGGCCAACUGGUUGGAUCACAUGACGCAACACUUCAACAAUGGAGCCUCGCUGGUUGAUGGAUACUUCCACCUGGGCAAUCUGAAUGAUUUGCUGCCUAAGUCGGUGGAAAGUGUCUUCGUCUUUCAGGAGGCAAGUCAAGGUGAACCGAACGCAGCCAACCCGACAUACGACGCCAUCGUUGUUGAGCAGUGGACCAUCGUUGAUGGUUUGCAGGUGAAGGCUGACUAUGUUCCUCUGCUGCAGUCUUUGGCCACGUACGGCUGGAGACUCACCUGUGUGUUACCCACGCCAGUCAUCAAGGCGAACAGUGAUGGAAGUCUGUCCACAAAGCAGAUUGUUUUCCUGCAGAGACCAAUCUUGGGACGAAAGAGGAGAGAUUCUAAGAAACUGAUCUUCAAACCACGUAACAAGUCCAACAAGAACUGCAUCAAAGACACGGCAAAGAACAAGAAGAAGCAGAAGAAAACGACUAAUGAUAAGGAAGUAGAGGAUCCUAAGAUUCUUGAUGACAGAGAAAAGGAGGCAAGCGAGACAAAAAGCAGGGACGAAAGGGUGAGCACACUGUGUGCAGGGGCAGCAAAGGGUAGUGAGAUGGAAGAGGAGGACAGAAACCCUGAUGGUGGCAAUGAGCUCAGCAUAGAGACUGUUGAAAAGAAAGGUGGACUUGCAGCAGUAAAGAGAGAGCAAGAAGAAGAGCAGGUCAGUCAGGUCCAAGAGGGAUCCAAAGAGAUUGCAAAGCCUUCAGAAAAUGGAGAGGUCUACAAUGUGACAAAAAUCACUGCAACUGUCGAAAAAGAGGCCAAAGACGAACAGGAAGAGGAUGCAGAGGAAGUCCAAGCUGUGGUUGAAAAUGGGUUGGAGACAGACGAAGAAAAUGAUGAGCAUGAGGAGGGUGCCACGAAACCACUGACAGAAGAACCAGUAAGCAUGGAUGUCAUCGCCAAGGAGAUUGUGUCAGAUUCGCAAACAUAGAGUCAAGAAUAGUCCCAUUCAACAAGUUAAGGUUUCCCCACCCUACCGCUAAAGCUCUUAGUCUUAAAGAGGAAUUCUGGGAUUUUUCAACCUCGACUCAGUUCUGAGGUGUUUUGGGUUAAUCUUUUGACUUGGGACAAAUAUAAUUUUAAUCAGUCCAUUAUUGCUUUUGAAUGGUAAUACCACCACUGCCCAAACAACUAU